CAAGCCUCGCGUGCCACUGUGGGUGCAUACAUCUCAAAGUUUACCCAACAAGCAGGUGGAAUGGUGCACGAUGGGCGCAGAGCAGGCUGAAGGAUCCAUUCUUGCAGCCCUCCUCUCUUUGGCCCCGAAAUGCCCUCUCCGCUCGCCCCCCAUUAUUUGUCCCGACGGCCGAGCGCGCGGCCCCAAUGAGCCCUUUGGAACGGAACGAAAAGAAGGAGCGGGUUGCAGCUGUGACGUGGGCGUUGUUCCAUUCACCGCGUUCGCCAUGGCAACGGGGCAGAGGCCCUGGAAGCACGCAGCCCCUCUCUCUGGACAGCGUCCUGAGGGCAGAGAGGCAGCUGGAAGUUUCUCCUCCGUGAUCACUGCUUACUGUUUCAUGGCGCAAAAUAUGCAAGGAAAGCUGCAGUAAAUGAAGGGUUCUGCAGUUUUAAGUGUUUGCACACUUGAAGUUAGGCUCUAGAGCGCAUAAAAGUGCAUCGCAUGCAACUUUUACGCACCGUUUUGACGCACGAAGCAAACAAAUGUGACCCACUGACCCAAAUCCGUGUGAAUAAACUACUUUCAGCAUUAAGAAAUGUGUUUUUUUCGUUCUCUUAUAGCUGAGCUUCUUCAGUCUUUUCUGUGUUUACACUCCGCAUUUCUCCCUCCACUUUGUAUUCGAGCAUGCUGCAGGACUGCUAGUAUUGUUGGGCAGAGUGAUUGGGGUUUCAGUACAAUCUCCCGUGACCAAUGAGCGGGGUGCUGUCAGGGGUAACCACAUCUGUCAACCGUUCUUGGCCAAUAAAGAGCGGAGCGAGGCGGACCACAGGUGCGCGCCUCUGCGUCCCCUUGGCACAGCGCCCGGGAGAUGCUGGAGAGAGACGCCUAGCUGCCCCGUGGCGCAAAAGUGUUACUGUCAAAGGCAGCCUCCUUUUAACUCCAGCUAUCACUCUGGCUGCGAUAGUUAUGGCGACCGCAACGUCCAACCACUACAGCGUCCUCACCACCCCCAGCAGCGCGCCGCCGCCGCACUCGGAGUCCGGGAGCAUGCAGCAGGCGGCAGCGUACAGGGACGCGCACACCCUGCUCCAGAACGACUACAGCACGUUACCGGGCGGUGGACAUCCGCUCAGCCACGCGCACCAGUGGAUAACGGCGCUGUCUCACGGUGACGGCGGGGCGCCCUGGCCAUCUAGUCCCCUCGGAGAACAGGACGUGAAGCCCGUGCUUCACGACAGUGACCGAGAGGAGCUGCAGAACUCCAGCAGUCUGCAGCAACAGCAGCAGCAGCAACAGCGACACCCUCACCUAGCGCACCAGCAGGCGCAUCACGACGCCAGAGCAUGGCGAACCAGCACAGCCACCACGCACAUCCCCGGUAUGGCGACAUCUGAGGGCCAGAGCCUGGUGUAUUCCCAGUCCGGCUUCAGUCUGAUGCCGGGGGGAGAGCAAGGGGGGAUGCACCACCACCCCCUACGAGAUGAGGACCACCACAGCCACAGCCCGCAUCUCAGUGAACAUGGAGGCGGCCCAGGGGCCCACCAGCAGUCUCUCUCACACCAUCACCAGCACGGGGGCCAUCAGGACCAGUCAGACGAGGACACACCGACCUCCGACGAGUUGGAGCAGUUUGCCAAGCAGUUCAAACAGCGACGCAUCAAGCUGGGCUUCACCCAGGCGGAUGUGGGACUGGCUCUUGGGACGCUGUAUGGAAACGUCUUUUCUCAGACCACCAUUUGCAGGUUCGAGGCGCUUCAGCUGAGCUUCAAAAACAUGUGUAAACUCAAGCCCUUGUUGAACAAGUGGCUGGAGGAGGCGGACUCCACCUCGGGGAGUCCAACGAGCCUGGAUAAAAUCGCGGCACAGGGAAGAAAAAGGAAAAAGAGGACCUCCAUCGAAGUCGGCGUCAAAGGGGCUCUGGAGAGCCAUUUUCUCAAAUGUCCAAAACCAGGAGCAGCGGAGAUCAACUCCCUAGCGGACAGCCUGCAGCUGGAGAAGGAGGUGGUGAGGGUUUGGUUUUGUAACAGGCGGCAGAAGGAGAAGAGGAUGACACCCGCUGGGGGACAGAUACCAGGAGGAGAGGACAUGUACGGGGACACCCCUCCUCAUCACGGAGGACAAACUCCUGUGCAGUGACCCACAGUCCCAGUUAUAUUGUGAGCAAAAACACGGACCCCUUAAGGAGGAAUAAAGCCUCCUUAUUUGUUUGAUUCUCUGUGCUGUGCUGGACCCGCUCGGAACUGGACAUGAGCCAGUUAAAAAUGUUGGACCCACGGACACACACGGUGGGGAUAUACAGUGGCACUGAAGCACUAAAAAUACGCAUAGUAGAAAGGUGUAUGGAGAGGUUUCGGAACUGCCAAGCAUAUUGGGAUCCGGCUGGUGUGUGCUAACCAAAAAAAGAGAAAAAAAAAUUAACAAAAAAAAAAAAAA